AUGGCUGUAACAGCAAAUAUCAAAACUGAAAUGUCAGAUAUUACUGGUGGCUCCAGUGGUAUUGGUAAAGCACUGGCAAUAGAAGCUGUCAAGGAAGGAGCAAAUGUUACGAUAAUUGCCAGAAAUCAGAAAGUGUUAUCGUUCUCUCUUGAUAUAUGUAAAGACUACAAAGCUGUGGAAGAGGUCAUGAAACAAGAGAGACUGAGACAAAGUAAAGAAGAAAUAUGUGAACAUUUGAGAUAUCCAGAUGAACAGGCAAUAGAUGAUGGAGGCCCUUGUGGUAUGUUAAUAAACUGUGCUGGGAUGGCUGUUGCUAAAUCCUUUGCUGACAUUGAUGUGGCAGAGUUCAAGAAUAUUAUGGAUGUGAAUGUUCUCGGCAGUGUUUAUGCAACGAGAGCAGUUUUGCCAUUCAUGAAACAAAGAAAACAAGGAAGAAUUGUGUUUAUCUCAUCACAAGCUGGUCAGAUUGGUCUCUAUGGUUACACUGCCUAUUGUGCCUCAAAGUUUGCUCUUAGAGGAUUUGCUGAAGCUUUACAAAUGGAGGUGAAGCCAUAUGAUAUUUACAUAACUGUCAGUUUCCCACCUGACACAGACACUCCUGGAUUCCAGGCGGAAAAUAUUUCAAAGCCAAAAGAGACAACUUUGAUAUCUGAGACGGCCGGACUGUUCCAACCUGAGGAUGUAGCCAAGGUCAUUAUCAACGAUGCAUCACUUGGACGUUUUCUGAGCUAUAUUGGUGUCGAUGGUUAUAUGUUAUCUAAUGUGACGUGUGGUUUUUCCCCCGUUACAUCGAUGAUGGAGGGUGUACAACAAGUAGCAACGAUGGGAUUUUUCAGAAUCAUAUCGUUCUUCUACAUCGGCCAUUUUGAUAAAAUCAUCAAGAAGUGUAUGGAAGAACGAGAAUCUGAAAAAGACAAAUAGUGCUUUGUUACAUCUAUCCUGAUUGGUUGUAGAUGGACUGACUUUGACAUGUGAUCAUAUCAUAGCCAAUUAAAAGUCUCAAGAGUCUAGCAUCUAGUCGAUGCUAAUACCUGAUUGAUUCUUUAUCAGAAGAUUUGUUGUGUCUCGUGUGUGAAGCACAGAAUGGCAUCUUUGUGGUUUUCCUGUCCGUGUGUUGUCUUCUCGUACUAUUACAUUUUGUAUAUGUUUUGAAAACGUUUCGCUAUGUUUAUAAAUCAUUAAUUAAAGGGCAUUAUCGGAAAUCAUUUACAUUUAAUAAUUUUACAUUGCUUUGGAUUGUAAAAUUUAAGGUAAAGGUUGGUAUGAUAUACAGCUAAUAAGUAAUUAAUAAAUUAAGUUACAUUCUGUAUAUAGUAUAGAUGUUUCCUAGUUAAAUACAUACUUUUUGUAUGAUGUUGUCUCUACAUGGUUGCUUUUUAUUUAAUUAAACUUUAUAUCGAGUUGUGUUUUUAUGAAAUUUAACUCGGUAAUCUAUGCAGUUUUCCACUCACUCCACUAAUACCUAGGCAUGAAUUUGAAAACUACCAGCUUAAUUACUUUGAUACUGUUUAUAACAAAAUGAUAACAAUUGUAAUUGCCAUGGCAACAACUAAAUAAACUAUGGUACCAUGGUUGUGAUAUUACAAGAACACUGUGGGAACACUAAUAACCAAUGCUAUAGCUAAUAUUUCAUUCUUUAUAACAUUAUCAACUUUGCUUUGAGGAAGACACUCUGGAAAGGCAGCAGAACUAUUUUGACCGUUUUGUCAUCUGUUUUUUAUAUUUUUGCUCUUGUUUUUGACUUCAUUUCAAGAUGUUUUUGGUAAUAUUUUAGAUUACGUUGUUAACAAUAGUUGCAUUCUUAUA